GAUGGUCAGAGGGUAGAGAGGAAAAAAAUGGAGAGAAGUCCGAGCGAAGAGUUUACUGGUUGACGGGCAGCGGCGACGGUUUGUUCGGUGACGGGCUCGCGGCGGCCGGUGGAUGAGCGGCGGUGCCCGCUCCUCCUCCUCCUCUCUCCGGUUACCCUGAGGGGCGUGAGAGCGGGGUCGGGGGGGAGGCCAGCGAGUGGCGCCGCGGGGCCCUCGGGACCUCAGGCCUCGGACCUCGGACCAUGGCCGAGUUCGUGGUGCCUCGGCACAGCGCCGUGGUGGAACGGCUCCGCAAGCGGAUCGAGCUGUGCCGCCGCCACCACUCGGCCUGUGAGUCGCGCUACGAGCGGGCCUCGGCCGAGCGCCUGGAGCUGGAGCGGCAGCACAGCCUGGCGCUGCACCAGCGCUGCCUGCAGACCAAGAGCAAGCGGGCGGCCAAGCAGCGGCCUCCGCCUCCGCCGCCGGCCGCCCCGGCCCCUACUUCGAAUCAGGCCCCAGCGACAACCCCGGUCCCGUCGCAGCAUGAAUCGCAGCCCGCCUUUAGGAAUAGCUCCGGACCUGCAGCCACCGGUACCGACGCUGCUCACCAGCCCGGAGCUACAGCCGCCGACCAGAGCCGGACCAAUACCCUGCAGGCGCUGCACGAGCGGAUGAAAAGAAAACUACAGGCUGGCGGCUCUCCUUUGAAUGGAGAUCAGCAAAACGGAUUUGUAGAUGGCAGCUAUUCAGGGACCAAGAAGCUCCGACUGAAUGGAGAAGAUGCAUCAGGGCUCCUAAUGGUUAAUGGGUCAUCUAAUGGCUUGCCACCAAUGUCUCCACUCCACCAAAGGGACAAAGCAUCUGCCAUUGGGGAUGGCGUCCAAGGUAUUGCUAAUCAUCCUGUAGGUCUAGACAGCUUGAAGAAGGAAUGUCUUCCAGAUUCCAGUGUGCAGAUAAAUGGGAACUGUGAUGGUGUUGAUGGUUUCACUCUCAUUAAAGAGCUUAAGCAGGAGCCUGUACUGGAUUUAGCUUGUGUGAACCCGUCAGGCACCUCUCUCUCCCAGAACAACAUGUUCCCUGACAUUAAUUUGAAUGAACAGGAAUGGCAGGAAUUGUUUGAUGAAUUGAACCGUUCUGUGCCAGAUCAAGAUAUUCAGGACCUUUUCAAUGAGGAUUUUGAGGAGAAGAAGGAUAUUGAACCUGCUUCGUCUGAUCAGAACUCUUUGUCAGACAACAUCAUUGUCAAAACGGAGUUUUCUCCCUCCUCGUUUGAGCAUGAACAGACAGAAUCUCCGCAAGCCAGACCCUCUCCGUCAGGGCCUUCAUUUACAAGUGUGUCUUUGGCAUCUGUGAAUACGGCUCCGUCAGUGUCCCAGGCUGUACAGUCUGCUGCAGGCCCCACUCCAGCUUGUGUGAGGCCUGUGUCCAGCGUUCUGUUGUCCGUGGAGCGGUCUCAUGCCCAGCAACUCCAGCAGAUGGCCGCUAAUCAGAAGCAGAGAGCACAGCUCAUGCAGAAACAACAGGCACAACACUCCUCGCCCAGCCAGGUGUCAAACUGGUCAGCUGCACCCACUCAGAGUCCUUUAAGUGGGCCCUUCAGCCUCGACAAGCCCAGCAGCCCCUCCAUAUACCAGCAGGACUUCAGUCCAAAACUCUCAAUGGCCAGCAUGCCACCAAAGAGCUCUGCAAAAGCUGCUGGUAACUACCUUCAGCCGAACCGCGUGGGUAUGCUGAAUCAACCACCUAACAACUUGGGCCAGAACUCGGCGAGCAGUCAGGCUCCACUGCUGAGCUAUGCUAACACUAAACGGUUGACUCACUUUGAGCUGUCCGACAGUCAGAGGGCUGUGGCAGCAAACCAGAACAAAACGGCGAUGUUUGCAUACAUGCAGCAGCAACAGCAGCAGGUUUCCCACCUCAGCGAUGAGCAGAAGAGGAUGCUGGUGAUGAAACAGAAAGAGCUGCCACAGGCUGGCAUGUCAUACCGGCCCCAUCUUCAGCACAACCAGGAUCAAAGUGGCGGGAAUGUCACCAGGACGCAGAACCCUGUCCAGGGAUCAGGUGCAGGGACUCAGCCUCCCCCAGUGUCCAUCGCUGGCAGUCACGGAGGUGCCAGUUAUCUUAGUGGCCAACAGCAGGCUGUGGCCAUAAAGCAACAGCAGAUGCUGGUCGAUCAGCAAGUGCAACGAGACCAGCGCAUCCAGCUAAUGGAACAGCAGAAGCAACAAUACCUGCAAAGACAGCAGCAGAUGAUGGCGGAGAGGGAGAAGCAGAGGAAACACCAGGAGCAGCAGUUACAGAGGCAUCUGAGCCGGCCCCCACCUCAGUACCAAGAUCAGCAGCAAAAUCCGUACCAUGUCGAGCAGGCCAGCCAGUUUCAGGGUUCUGCACAAGUUCUUACAGCAGUUGGUAACCUGACCACAGCAAAUACCAGCAGCUCGAGACUAUUCUCCCAGAAUCAGAACAUGAUCCAAAUGGCUGCAAGUCAGAAUUCUGUUACCUCCAGUGCCUCUGCGGUUGGUGGUCAGCCAGAACUGGCAGCAACUCAGUACAGCAAUAUGCAUAAUGUCCAACAGGGAAUGUACAGUGUGGGGUCAAAUCUGAACCAAAUCCUUUCGCAUUCGGCCCAGGACACAAUGACAAAUGGGCAGCAUUCAAAUUCAUUGCCAAGACAACCUAGCAGGACUCGAGGCACCCCUAUACUAACGGGAUACAGUCAGAAUCACCUCAGCAACUCAAACCUUGCACAACAGCAGCAUAGCAAAGGGCCUGUGAGCCAAGCUGUAUCAAAGACCCCCUUGCAGAGGUUAUCUGGCACAGUGGCAAACCAGAGUUCAUCCUGGCAGCAUCAAGCUUUGCCAAGCGUGAAUAACCAAAACCAACCCAACAGUAACCUCGUCGCGUUCAGUAGUACCUCAACUUUCCACACAAGACCGUCUCAUCCCAAAAUAGCAGGCCAACAGUUUGUGCCGGGAAUGCCCCGAGCAAGCCUCCCACCGGCCAGGCCAAUGGGUGCCAUCAACUCUACUGUUGACGGGCACAUGGUGCCUACAUUAGGUGGGCCUCUGUCACAGACCAACCCACCCUCCCAAGCAGUUCCCAGUUUAAAUCAGCCAGUUCCAGACCUGGCAAACUUCAAUUCCAGCCAACAAAUGGCCGCAAGGGGCAAUCUCCACUGCAAUCAACCUUACCAGGUAAGGAGUUCCAGUCAGGAGCUGCCUUUUAACUAUGGUAACCAGUCCGGAGGUGGCACGCUUCAGGGAUUACCCGGUGAUACAGACCUGAUGGACUCUUUUUUGAAAAACAGAACUACAGAGGAAUGGAUAAUGGAUCUGGAUGAAUUUCUGGAAUCUCAUCAUUGAAGGGCAGUUUGUUGCCAUUUAAUAAACACAGUGGGAAAAGUGUAAUCAUGGAUUUUAUAUAUGUUUGGGACCAAAAAUGGCGAUGUGGUACAUGACAGGUGAAAAUGUAUGGUUGGGAAGAGUUAAUGGCUGAUUUUCAUAAUUGCUAUUUUACUGGCAAAUCACAUGUAGUUUGGCAGUUUAGUUUAUUCAAUACCAAAUUCCUUUGUUCCAUUGCUGGUCAAGGAGUCAGUACUAGAUUGCUUUAAUCUUUCCGUGGCCUUUAAGUUCACAACAUUCUGAAAGGGGAGAACAUUGCUAAUCUCAGUUGCUUGGGUGGUAUUGGAAGUAGCACAUUUGUUAGAAUCCAGUGAAGAGUAUACAUCUGAAACUGAAUUAAUCCUGGUCAGUGGUACAUUUUAGACGUCCAUUUUCCUGCCCAGCUGACCAGACUGUCUCUGACUUCCUGUAGUAUAAAGCCACCUUCCACACAGUCUCUCAAACUCCCUGUAUUGAGGUUGAAUCAUUAUUUUGCAAAACGCAAAUGCUGGGUGCUAAGCCACACUGGUAUCAGUAUUCCAGUCACUGAAUUGUCUGUCUACCAUUGCCAUAUACUUCCUGACAUUGAGCCCAUUUUAGGAAGGUCCUUUUCAUAACCUGUUAAGACCAUAAGACAUAGGAGCAGAAUUUGGCCAUUCAGCCCAUUGAGUCUGCUCCACCAUUGCAUGCAUCGUGGCUGAUUUAUUAUCCCUCUCAGCCCCAUUCUCCAGCUUUCCCCACAUAAUCUUUGAUGACCUGACCAAUCAAGAACCUAUCAAUCUCCGCUUUAAAUGACUUGGCCUCCACGACUGUCCCUGACAUUAAAUUACACAGAUUCACCACCCUCUGGCUAAAGAAAUUCCUCAUCUCUGUUCUAAAUGGACAUCCCUCUAUUCUGAGGCUGUGCCCUUUGGUGCUAGACUCCACACCCCCCCCCCGCCCCCAUAGGAAACAUCCUCUCCACAGUCACUCUAAGCCUUUAAAUAAUCAAUAGGCUUCAAUGAGAUUCUCCAGCCCCACCCUAAUUCUUCCAAACUCCUUCACUGUUGACCAAGGAGAGACAUUUCCAAAACCAAACAAAAGUUCUGCCUCUGUGGCCCCCACUGGUACUUCCUUUAUUCAUUGCAGGAGAAAAUUCAUGAUGUGCGUGUUGUUAGCAAGGGUGACCUUUAUUGUUGGUCACUAGUUUCCUUUUGAAUGUCUUACUGGGCUCUGGAAAAAGGCAGUGAAAAAUGGCCAAGCCUGUCUGGGCCAGCUCAGACUGCAAGGAUUGCCUUCCAGUAUUCACAGCCACACUUCAAAAAAAAAUUACUCUUCAACAUCUUGAGGUUGUGAAUGCAAGCAUGUCUGUUUUCUUCCUAAAGGGUAAUUUUUAUGACUAUCUGAAAGCUUUGUUGCGCUUUUUUUAAGAAGGGCACCGCGGUAGGUAGUGCAGUGGUUAACAUGACACUGUUAUAGAUUGGGUUUCGGAGUUCAAUCCCAGGGUUCUCUAUCAGGUGUUUGUAGGUCCUCUUUGGAAUGUGUGGGUUUCCUCUGGGUGAUCCAGGCUCCUCCCACUGUGCAAAGGAUUACCAAUGAGUAGGUAAUUGGUCAUUGUAAAUUGUCCUGUGAUUAGGCCAGGGUUAAAUUGGGUGUGGCUGAAAGGGCCUGUUCCGCACUGUAUCUCCAAGUCCCCUUUACUGAAGGAACCUUUGUUCUCCCCAUCACUGAGUUUUGAACAGAUGUCCCCUGGAUUAUAAAUCCUUUAAAUUCAGAAACCAUACCCCACACUAGUUGCUCUGUGCUCAUCUUCACCAGCAGAAAAGCUUGCCUGUGCAUGUGGCAUAGCCUUUCGUAUCACAUGAAAAUAAGCGUCCACAUCUCUUCUGAGCAGUGUAUUUUGCACUUUACUACUUUGUCCUGUUUCUCUCCACCUGUGGGAGGAAGGUGAGGAGAGAGCAGCUUUAUAAAAUAGUCUUUAUGGGAUUCGGGACCUUUCAGGCUUCUCUGAAAUGUUUCAGAAUGAAACUUGCCUCAAAAUUUAUAACAGCAACACCCAAGCUGCUGGAGGAGUUUGCAUGUCAGGCAGCAUCUAUGGAGAGGAAUAAACUGUGGGUGCUUCAGGCCAGACUGCAAAGGAAGGGUGCAGUCUGGCCUGAAGCCAGAUUGGGCUCCCCAAAAAUUGGGGAGACUGGAAGCAGUACAAGCUGGCAGGCAAUAGGUGAGACCAGGUGAGGACGAAGGGGCUGGCUAUGAAGUGAGUUGGAUGCUGCCUGACUUGCUGAGUUCCUCUAGCAUUGUGUGUGUCUCUUGAGUUUUCUAGUAUCUGCAGAAUCUCUUGUGUUCAAACUUCAUAACUUGUAUUGGUUUCACCUUCCUAUUCCCACUUGCCCUCAUCCUUUCCAGUCCUGAUGAAGGGUUUUGGUCUGAAAUAUUGACUGUUUAUUCCCCUUCAUAGAUGCUGCCUGACCUGUUGAGUUCCUCCAGUAUUUUGUGUGUGUUUAUGGCUCAAGAUUUCCAGCAUCUGCAGAAUCUCUGGGGUUCACACUUUAUAAGUAGUUGGAAGUUGGGGUGGGGGGCACGGAAUGAAGUGCACUAUGCAACUAGUCCUAGUUUCAGGCUUGUUUUCCCCCCCCCCCCAUUUGAUCAGAGCAACAUAGGUGAGAUGUUUCUACUCUCCUCCUCUCCAUCAGGCCUUCUCUGUUCAGGGUGUUGUCCGUUCUGAUGGAGGUGUUAUCGCACUUGCCUCCAAUGAAAAGUUGCAUGCAAGCUUUAAGGGGACAGAAUUUGCCCUUUAUACCUGUCAGUUGCUGCCCAGGGAUUAUCCAGGUAUAACAGCCAGUUGGAGAAUGCAAUUGAGUCCUUAAUUGUCCCAAUCAUCCAUUUCCCUGAUUCCAAGUUGAGAUGUUCUGUGGCAUAUACACUGCCCUCCAAUCAUGGUGCUUGCCAUAUCUUACUGUCUGAAUUAGUUAAACUGUAUGUAUAUAAAUGUUUACAUUUUUAUAAAAUUGAUAAAAGGUCUUUGUCUGUAAUAUAUUUUUACAUUUUAGAGUUUUUUAAAAAAAAGCAUUUCUUGCUAUGGUUUUUGUAAGUCUUCAUUCUGCACUUGACUAUAUUGACUUGCUCUGUCUAACCACUUUGUAAUGUCAGAUUUUAAAACCACACCGUAAAGUUUUUUUUUAAAUGUUAUUCUGGCAAAAAAAAGACUUUGUCAAACCUUGUUUGAAACUCACUUCUUAACCCCGCACCCCAAAGACGUUAUUUCUGCUUGUUAAAAUCAAUUUGUGAUUGUUGGAGUAUUGUUUCUUAUUGAACAGUGUGUGCAGAGCCAAGGUUAUCAAGCUGUUUGGGUGAAAUGACGUUUAUUUAUUCCCAAGAAAUGUAUAUUUUUGUUUGGAGUGAUCCUUUGCUGCCAAUCCAUGUCUUCCAGAAAUCAAUAGUUACAGAUCAUCUGUCAUCCACUUCAGACAUCCUCGUCCCCAAUAACUAACUUUAAUUUUUUUUUCAGUUUUAAUUCUGCUGUGCCUCAGAGUGUAAACUUGUCACGUCACAGCAAUGGAGUAUUUUCUGUUCAAAGCCAUUUCUUUUAACAGUAUCAUAAUUUUUAAGCAGAGGCAUAUAUUACUUUUACUUUAUCUUUUUAUAACUGUAAUUCAGGUAAAAACUGUAUGUGUAGUUUAAACAUGGCUAUAUGUACCAGGCUGUAUAUGGUGCCUGAUAUUUGUUGUGUUUCCUUAUAUAUUUUUAAUGUUAAAUUAUUUAAGAUUGUGACUGGGGUGAUAUAAAUGUUUUUUUUAGUUUAACAAUGUAAUUCAAAAUGAGGCUAUCAUUAUAUAGCAUUUUGGCACCACACAUGGAACUUUAUGUAGAUUCUGACAUCCAGCAUUAGCUACCUAGAAUUUGUAGCUGGUAAUGGAGUUAAUAUUUUCAUACAUUGCAUUUGCUGUUUUUUCUCUUCCCUGCUGGCUACCGGGCAACAGUGAAUUACUCACUAGAAGUGCAUUAUAAUUAAAAAUUAAUUGUUUACUAAUGUUUAAGCCACUAAUUAGAAAAUUGGGCAAUAGAGGUUAAUGUGAAAUCUGGAAUUGGUGUUUAAGCGGAGUUUUAACUAAUUGGAUAUUGUUUGCAUCUCGAUUCCUUCUCAUUAAUCUUUGUUCAUAUGUUCUAAACUUCUCAUGGUUUUUGUACAAAGUGAACCUGUUUAUUCAUGUAGAUUUUAUUGUACAUUUUCUUUAAUUUUUUUUUGAAGUGGAACUUGCACCUAUCAGAAUUCUUCAGGGCCAUCCUGUACAACAAUAUAUUUUAAUAAAGCUGAGUAUAAUCUGUGUUGAGGGGUUCCACUCUCCAGUAGUUUAGUUUAAAACUGCCCAGGACUUGUCUGGUACCCAUAUCCCCCUCCACCAUCUGCUGCCUGUAUUCUCAGUCCUUCACCUCUAAUGGCAGUGAGCAGAUGUUAUGGAACAGUUGGUUCUCCCAAUUAGCCUGUCUUGUCAGUCCACCACUUGAUCUCUAAGAUCAUUAACUUGGGUGCCAAUUUUAAUGAAUCCCAUCUCUAUCCACAUCUCUGCAUUCCCUGCCUGUCCAUGUAUCUAUCUCAAUGCCAUUUGAACAAUGUUGUUUAAUCUGCUUCCUCUACCUUCCCUGGCACCAACUACUGUUAUAUAAAGAAAACUUCUUUCCAACGCACAUCUUAAAUGUGUGUACUCUAGUAUUUAACAUUUCUACCCUGGGGAAGAAAAAUUUAUUCUAUCUUGUUGAUGCCUCUUAUAAUUUUGCAUGCCUCUGUUAGGGCCCUCCUCAGCCUCCAACACGCCAGAUUAAAGAUCACUGUUCCCUCUAAGCUGCACAGUAAUGGAAAUGCUCCCACACACACACUUGGUUGCAGCACAGCUGGAAUUUUCUUUUAUCUUGUGUUUUAUUAAAGUGCCAUGAAGUUUGCAGGCCAUGCAAAAAAAAUUUCUGCUCAGAGCAGUGCUUGGUCCAUGCAGCUGUAAAAGUAAGUAAGUAAGUAGAAAUCAGAGGGAACAUUGAUAAAGAUCCAUGUUUGUCCAACAUCUCCUUUUAGCUCAUACUGUCUAAUCCAGGCAGCAUCCUGGUGACCCUGUCAUGCACCCUCUCCAAAGCCUCCAUGUCCAUUAUGGUGGUCCUCAGUUUGCAGUGCUCUUCAAUGGUUUCUUUGCCCGACAGAUUUCAAACUGAACUGAUGGACACUUGAAGUGAUGGAUAGUUAUAUUGUUUCCAUGGGUAACAACUUUCUACAGAACAUAAGACAUAGGAGCAGAGUUAGGCCAUUUGGUCUACUGCGUCUGCUCUACCAUUCCAUCAUGGCUGAUUUAUUAUCCCUCUCAACCCCAUUCCCUUGCCUUCUCUCUGUAUCCCUUGAUGCCCUGACUAAUCAGGAAUCUAUCAACUUUUGCUUUAAGUAUGCCAAAUGACUUGGCCUCUACAGCCGUCUGUGACAGUGAAUUUUACAGAUUCUCCACCCUCUGGCUAAAGAAAUUCCUCAUCUUUGUUCUAAAUCUUUCCUUCUAUUCUGAGGUGGUGCCCUCUGGUCCUAGACUUUCCUGGUAUAGGAGAUAUCCUCUCCACAUCCACUCAAUCUAGGCUUUUCAGUAUUCAAUGUGUUUCAAUGAGAUUUCAAACCCCCCCCCCCCGCCCCACCACCAAUCCCAUUCUUCUAAACUCCAGCAAAUCAGGCCCAGAGCCAUCAACCGCUUUUCAUACAUUAACCUUUUCAUUCCUGAAAGCAUUUUCAUGAACUUCCUCUGGACUCCCUCAAAUGCCAGCACACCUUUUCCUAGAUAAGAAGCCCAAAAUUGCUCGCAAUACUCUGCAAGUGCGGUCUGACCAAUGCCUUAUAAAGCCUCAGCAUUAUAUCCUUGCAUUUAUAUUCUCGUCCUCUCAAAAUGCUAACAUUGCAUUUGCCUUCCUUACCACAAACUCACCCUGCAAGUUGAUCUUUAGGAAAUCUUAAGGACUCCAAAGUCCAUUUGCUCCUCUGAUUUUUGAAUUAUCUUUCCAUUUUAGAAAAUAGUCUACACCUUUAGUCCAGACCAUAGAGAUGUGGUCUGCUGGUAUUCUGUUUCUGGGUUUGAGGACAAUCCUGCACUGUUCAUAUCAGCGCGUGGGUGAUGGUGCAGAGAUGAUGUUUAAUUUUGCUCACUCGGGUAGUGGGACUGACCACAACACAAUGGAGUCCAGCUGGAGUCUGAACUCCCUUUACUAAGCUGAUAAUGUUACAGGAUCCAGCUGGUCUGAGCCCUCAACCAGUCUUCAAUCUUCCUGCCUCUGUCAUUACCACCAAUUGUCAGAAUAAUCUAAACUGGAUUUGGCCAUGGUGGGUUUUUUCUAUCUUUCUAUCUUAAAACAAUAUAUUAAAUCUGUAAAUAUAAGUCCCAGUCUUGGGAAUCACGUGUGAAUAAAAACUUCUUCAUGAUCUUUUUGCAAUUGCAUCG